CAGGCACUCGACUUUAUGCGCAACCAGCACCUGGAGGUCCCGUUCAUCGCUUUCUAUCGCAAGGAGUACGUGCAGCCCGACCUGAACAUUAAUGAUCUGUGGAAGAUCUACAAGUUCGACUCAAUGUGGUGCCAACUGCUCGGGCGCAAAACGUCGCUGCAGCGGCUGUACGAGAACAUGCGCAACUACCAACUGGACAAGUUGAUGGAAACUCCGGACGCCCCCAUACCGGAGGAAAUGCGCGUCAUACGGGACGAAGACUUGGAGCGGUUGCGAGCCGUUCAGUCACCGGAAGAGCUGAAGGAUGUCCAUUUGCACUUCCUGCUGUAUUACGCGCACGAGAUCGCUCCGAUGAAGACCCGGUUGAAGGAAAAAACGCGUGAGCAGUUGCGGGCGAAAAAAAAGCAGCGACCAAAUGCGGCACGCAAACCCGCCGAUGAAGGGGACGAGGAUGAGUCGCGACUGGACGAGGAUGACGAGGAGGGUGAUGAGAGGGUUCAAGAUCAAAUUCGGUUAAACAUUGACAUCGGCCCCUACGCGAUCUGUCGGAAGCGGGGGCUCACUGGGCUGACGAAACGCUUCGGACUGACGCCGGAGCAGUACGCAGAAAACGUGCGCGACAGCUAUCAGCGGCACGAGGUGGAACAAGAGACCAAGGAUCCCCUCGAGGUGGCCAAAGAGUACAUGGGGACAAGCUUCACCUCGCCGGAAGAGGUACUGCAAGGUGGCGUGUUUAUGGUGGCGCGCCAGCUCGCCCGGGAGCCGCUGCUGCGCAAGUGCAUCCGUGAGCUGUUCUUCGAGCGCGCCAAACUGAACGUGCGUCCGACGAAGAAGGGCGUGAAGGAGAUUGAUGAGACGCACCCGUGCUACGGAUUGAAGUAUCUGCGCGAAAAACCGGUACGCGACCUGACUGGUGAUCAGUAUCUGAAGCUGACCAUGGCCCAGGAAGACAAACUGCUGACGAUCGAGAUCGUCGACCGGAUCGAGGGUAACGCGUCGGCCGAUUUGCUCGAGGAACUGAAGGCCCUCUAUUAUCGAGAUGAGUUUGCAAAGAACGUGCAAGAGUGGAACCGGUUGCGGGCCGAGUGUGUGGUGCUGGCCGUGAAUCGUAUGGUCGUGCCGGAACUGAAGCGCGAACUGCACAACACUCUGCUGGCCGAGGCGAAGGAUGCGGUGCUGCGCGUUUGCUGCCGUAAGCUGUACAACUGGAUCAAGGUGGCCCCAUAUAGGCCGCCCGUGCCCGAUUUCGACGAUUACGAGUGGGAAACGACGCGUGGUGUGCGCGUCAUGGGUGUGGCGUACGUGCCCGACUUCACGCAGUCCGCAUUCGGUGCGAUUAUCGCACCGGACGGUGAGGUGACCGACUAUCUGCGCAUCCCGCACCUGCUGAAGAAGAAGAACGCAUACCGCGAGUCCGAGAAGCAGUGCAAGGAGACCGAUCUGCGCACGAUCACAAACUUCAUUCGCAGCAAGAAACCGCACGUGAUCGUGAUCGGUGGUGAGUCGAAGGAUGCAAUUAUGGUGCAACAGGACUUUGUGGAAUGCUUGAAGCGAUUGCAGGAGGACGAACAGUUCCCGCAGGUGGCGGUUGAGAUCGUGGACAAUGAGCUGGCCAAGGUGUACGCCAACUCGGCCAAAGGAAGUACCGAUUUUCGCGAGUAUCCGGCGCUGCUGCGGCAAGCGAUAUCGCUGGCCCGGCGUGUUCAGGACCCGUUGGUAGAGUUUUCGCAGCUGUGUAACACGGACGAGGAAAUACUGUGCCUACGCUACCACACGUUACAAGAUCAGCUCUUGAAGGAGGAACUGCUGGAGAGCAUCUAUCUGGAAUUUAUCAACCGAACGAACGAGGUCGGUGUGGACGUGAACCUGGCGGUCCAGAACCCACUGACGGCCAAUUUGGUGCAGUUUAUCUGCGGGCUGGGACCACGCAAGGGCCAAGCCCUGCUGAAGGUGCUGAAGCAGACGAACCAGCGGUUGGAGAACCGGACGCAGCUCGUGACCACCUGCCACAUGGGGCCGAAGGUGUUUAUCAACUGUUCGGGCUUCAUCAAGAUUGACACGAACUCGCUCGGUGAUAGCACGGAGGCGUACGUGGAGGUGCUAGAUGGAUCCCGGGUGCAUCCAGAGACGUACGAAUGGGCACGCAAAAUGGCGGUUGAUGCGCUCGAGUACGACGACGAGGAUGCCAAUCCGGCUGGGGCGCUCGAGGAAAUCCUGGAGGCGCCCGAGCGGCUCAAGGAUCUCGAUCUGGACGCAUUCGCGAUCGAACUCGAGCGACAGGGCUUCGGUAACAAGAGCAUAACCCUGUACGAUAUACGUGCGGAGCUGAACUCGCGGUACAAAGACCUGCGGACACCGUUCCGGUCGGUGACGGCGGAAGAACUGUUCGAUUACCUCACGAAAGAGACCCCGGAAACGCUGUACGUGGGCAAGAUGAUGCUGGCCACGGUCGCCGGGUUUACGUACCGGAAACCGCAAGGCGAUCAGCUCGAUCAGGCCAACCCGGUGCGCAACGACGACACUGGCUUCUGGCAGUGCCCGUUCUGCAUGAAGACGGAAUUUCCCGAGCUGUCGGAGGUGUGGAACCACUUCGAUGCGGGCGAAUGCCCUGGCCAGGCAACCGGAGUGCGGCUACGGUUCGACAACGGAUUGAAUGGGUUUAUUCACAUCAAAAACCUGUCAGACAAACAUGUGAAAAAUCCUGAAGAACGGGUACAGGUCGGUCAGACGGUACACGUGCGGGUGACAAAGAUUGACAUCGAGCGCUUUUCGCUCGAGUGCUCGUCAAAGAGUUCGGAUCUGUGCGAUCGCAAGAACGAGUGGCGCCCACGGAAAGACCCGUGCUACGAUCAGGACCAGGAAGAGACGGACACCAAGAAGGAAGCAGACUCCAAGAAGCAGCAAGCCCGGCAACAGUACGUGAAGCGCGUGAUCGUUCACCCGUCGUUCCAUAACAUUUCCUACGCGGAAGCCCUCAAGCUGCUAGAGAGUUUCGAACAGGGCGACGUAAUCGUACGACCGUCCAGCAAGGGCUCGGACCACCUGACCGCCACCUGGAAGGUAACGGACGGUAUCUACCAGCACAUCGAUGUUCGCGAGGAAGGCAAAGAGAAUGUGUUCAGUCUCGGCCAGUCGCUGUGGAUCGGGAACGAUGAGUUCGAGGAUCUGGACGAAAUCAUUGCGCGCCACAUCACCCCGAUGGCAACGUACGUGCGCGAUCUGCUCAACUACAAGUACUACCGGGACACGGACGGUGGCUCGAAGGAGAAGGCCGAGGAGAUCAUACGGGCCGAGAAGCAGAAGAACCCCAGCAAGAUCCACUACAUCGUGUCCGUUUCGAAGCAAUACCCGGGCCGCUUUCUGCUCUCGUACCUUCCGCGCACCAAAUUCCGGCACGAAUACGUGACGAUCACUCCGGACGGGUACCGGUUCCGACACCAAGCGUUCGAUUCCGUCAACUCGCUGCUCAAGUGGUUCAAGGAGCACUUCCGAGAUCCGAUACCCAUCGAGACGCCCAAGAGCACACCCAAGAUCGGUAGCCUAUCGGCCUCCCGCACCCCGUACGGUAGUACGCCCAAGUUUAGCGAUCUUAACAGUGAAGCCAUCGAGUCUGUGGCAAAGAACAUGCCCGCCCAUAUGCUAAGUUCGCUGUCGGCCGCGGCACACAAUACACCACACUAUUCCUUCACUCCGCUGGAGUACGGAUCGAGCAACUAUGUCACCACGCCCUACACACCGAGCGGUCAAACACCGUACAUGACCCCGUAUCAGCAAACACCACACUUUUCGCAAACGCCUGGCUACGGCACCUCGACGCCGUCGCAGUACUCCAACAAAUCGUCCUACGGAGGCAUGUCGGCCUCGGGCCAUCCACCAAGCAGUCACGCGUACAAAACAUCAUCCUCCCGCACUGGUAUGGGUGGAGGUGCGAGCAGUGUGGCCAGCAGCAGUAGCAGCCUUAUGAUGAUGCAGCAGCAACCUUCACCGUACUCCAACAGCAGCGACCAUCACUAUCGCACCCAGCCGCCCCGGAGCGUCGAGUACGAUAGCUGGUCGAAGGCGACCGACUCGUGGAGUAAUCGCACCGGCAGUGGAAGCAGCAUGGCAAAGGGACACCAUCAAUCGUCUGAUCGAAGCUCAAUGUCCGGUGCCGGAUCUUACCGUCAGCAUCACGGCGGAAGAUCGAGCGAUUCGGUGUCCUCGUCCAACUCGCACGAUCAUCGCAUGACACCGAAAGCGAACUCUUCCAGAUAUUCAUCCAGUGGCCGAUCGCCAAUGCCACCACCGUCCGGGCCGCCACCAGCCCAGGCCCAGCAGACCCCAAGCGUUUCGCAGACCCUUGGCGACGCAACGCCACUGUGGGACGAGUAAAGUGUCAUUCGUGAGCGGUGUGCGACUGCACAAUGGAUCUUACACUCGUGAGUAACGAUCGGUGAAACAAUGGACGCCGUAACAAGGAAACAUAUGAUAACAAUCAGAGACGUAACGUUAGCGAGUAAGGCAACAAAACAAUUGAUCGCAAGAAAUAUAAUAUUAGGCAAAGUAAACAUGUAAAAACAUGUAUGGCGUGCAGAAUUUGUGUAUAUGAUCUUCCGAAGGCGUCAAUAAGCCCCCAGGUUUUUGUCGUUUUGAGUAAUAUUCACAGUUAGUUCAUCCAACACGCUCUAGGGGCUGUGAGGUCGAUAGGCUCAAGGCCGCGAAGAAAAGGGCGGCCUGUUGAACGUGUCAUCUGCGCACCAGGAAGACGCAGCGGCCCUGUGAGCAGAUGGACUGGUGAAUCAAGGACGGCAGGCGGUUGUCU